ACAGCAAACCAAGUGGUGGGUCUUUCGGCGAAUACAUAAAUUAAGGAUUGUGCCUUUAUUGUGACAGACCGUUUCAUGGUGAUCGGAGAUAAAUAGCAUAGUAACCUAUAGUUUGGUGUGGGGUCUAGUUCACCAUGUGCUCAUGGCAACACUGUAUCAAUAAUGCAAACUUCAAAAUAAAGGUUACUCGCGCAGGUUUAACAAGCGGACCUGACACUUCGAGUGUGUCUAGGAGCACUGACUGAGCAUAACCACGAUGGCAAAGUUCCUGACUCAAGACCAAAUAAAUGAAUUCAAGGAAUGCUUUUCACUCUAUGACAAGAAGCACAAGGGUAAAAUUGAGGCCAAGGACCUGAUUCUAGUCAUGCGCUGCCUGGGGGUCAGCCCCACUUUCAUUGAGGUGGACAGACACCUGCAAAUCUCCAAGAUUGAUAAGUGUGGAGAGCUGGACUUCUCCACCUUCCUGACUAUGAUGCACCAGCAGAUCCAGCAGGAGGACCCCAGAGCAGAGAUUCUGGAGGCCAUGAGGAUGACGGACAAGCAGAAGAAGGGCUACAUCCUGUCCUCGGAGCUCCGGGCCAAGCUCACCGGGCUGGGAGAGAAGCUCACUGAUAAAGAAGUUGACGAGCUGCUGAAAGAGACUGGCGUGGGACCAGACGGAUGUGUCCACUACGAGGAGUUUGCCAAAACAAUGACCCUUCCUUCUACAAACUGCUGAGCAGCCAUCCGGCCGCAUACGAUCAUACUGUACCACAAAAGUGCACUGAUUCAAAGCAUCUGCAUGCUGGCUGCCCACUAACAACAUGUUGAGAUGAGAAGUUUUUUUUUCUUUAUUAGCUUUCUGAGGUAUGUGUUUCUAUAGUUAUUACGUUUUCCCUAUAUUUCUAUUAUGUAACCCUUAUAUAGAUUUGUAUGUUGAAUGAAGCAAUGGUGUGCCUGGUUGAAAUGUCUGCACUUUAAAUAUAUAGCUAAUACUAACUGGCAUUGUUAUAGCUUAUCACUAUUACCAAGUAAUCACUAAAAAGCCUACUGACAUUUUCACAAAGUAAUGACAUUGUUCUUAUUGAUAUAAGAGCAACUUGAUUUCUUGAUAAUAAAUGGACAAAUCAUUUUGGGUCCAAA